AUGGAGCCCAAAAUGCAUCUGUCUCUGCUGACGUUAUCUUGCCUGAUAUUGCUUUGCACAACGAGCUAUGCAAAGCCUGUUGAUCACGCGAAGCACAUAGCCAUGACAGGUGGCAAUCUUGCUCAUGUAGUUGAAUCGGGAGUUCAAAAAUGGGCUUUCAGGUUACGGAAAACAGCGUCAGUACGGUCCGGCUCCAGCUACCUCUCGAAGCGUGAUAGCACCUGGGACAGCACCUGGAUCGUUGAGGCAGGAGAUACGGGAUACCGUAUCGCAGCUCGCUUGGGCGUUUCGUUUGCUCAACUCUCGGCUCUUAACCCGGGGGUACAGUGGAACAAUCUCCAAAUUGAACAACUUCUGAACAUUCCCUGUGAGGACGACGAGGGCACGGGAAGCACUAGCUAUACUGUCAUCAGUGGAGAUACAGGGAAUGCUAUAGCGGCAGCCUUCGGUGUCUCCUUCACGAUGUUGAGCGCUGCUAAUCCUGGUGUCAAUUGGUACAAUCUUCGAAUUGGUCAAGUCUUGAACAUCCCUUCUGAGGGCGACGAAAGCUCAGGGAGUACCAUCUACACUGUGGUCGCUGGAGAUACCGGCAAUGCUAUAUCAGCAACUUACGGUAUCUCGUUUUCCAUGUUGAGCGCUUCCAACCCAGGUGUUAACUGGUAUAACCUCCAAGUUGGGCAGUUCCUGGUCGUUCCAAGACCGACUGUGCCGGAGAGCACUACAACCACUAUCGAAACUACUAGUGUAGUUGAUACUACCAGUACUGCGACUUCAAUGAGUACUACGAGCACUAGCUGCACUUCCAGGACGAGUACUACCAGCAUCGAGCCUGUUGAAAGCAGCACGACAUCGAGUUUUGCGACUGUGACUGCGAGUACCACGAGCUCCGACGUGAGCAGCACUCUCGACGAACCAACCACAACUUCAACGAGUUCCGACAUCAGCACAACAAUUUCCUCUGAAACUACCACAACUUCCGCUGAGUCUACGUCGACAUCGUUCGAGUCUCUAACAAGCACCACAUCCGAAUCUACCUCUGCCACCAGUGACUCGACCUCGACCUCGACCUUGACCUCGACCUCGACCACCACUGACUUGAUCUCAACCUCUACUACCAGUGACUCGACCUCUACCUCUACCACUAGUGACUUAACCUCGACUUCGACAACCACUGGCUCUACGACCACAACAACGUUUGCGUCGACCAUCAGUACCACAACCGCAACCACGACUUCGGAUACUACGACUACUAGCAGCGAUGCCCCGGAACCCACAACUACUGUAGUUGUGCGAAGGGCCGCUCAAGCUCGAAGCACUAAAAUCUUACAGCUUGUGGAGAUCCCAGUGGUACGCAAUAACUAA